AUGACCCACCAGCCUUUAGAAGUUCUUGUCGUGGGUGCGGGCAUUGCCGGACUGUCUGUAGCUAUUGCUCUCGGGAAACAGGGCCAUCGAGUAGUCAUCCUAGAAAAGUCUCACUUCCUUAAGGAGGCCGGAGCUGCAAUUCACUUGCCACCGAACGCCACGGCGUUAUUGGAAUGGUUGGGAGCUGACCCGGCGACUUUCGAGGGUGUUCUACUGAAUAAGAUCAACCGAUAUGACAUCGAGGGCGACCUCAAGUUUCAAAGGGAUUUCGAGUCCAUCAGGCACAAGUGGCAGGCCGAGUGGUACCUUGUCCACCGAGUCGGCCUCCAUAAUGCUCUGAAGGAGCGUGCCCUUGAAACUGCCAUCCUCCACACAGGAUGUACAAUUACGCGAAUCGACAUCGACAGGCUACGCCCAUCAAUCACGCUCAGUGACGGCCGUAAUUUUGAAGCAGAUAUUCUGCUAGGAGCUGACGGAUUGAACUCCCAGCUCCGCAAAACGAUUGCGCCGAUGGCAUCUCCUCCAUUUCGAGCAGGCAAGACAUGCUAUCGCUGGGCUAUUCCGACGGCUGAUCUGAAGAUACAUGAGCUUACUCGGGGCUAUGUUCAAGAGCCAGGGGUGUUCAUGGAGUUUGAAGGCCCAACCCGUCGUUUGGUCGCUUAUCCAUGCUCCGACAACAACGUCUUCAACAUUUGCGCUUUCAUCUCCGCUGACCCGAACCAAGAAGCCGAUCAGGAUGAAGGCUGGCAGACUAGCGCGGACAAAGGAAUCGUCGUCGAUGCCUUCUCCCAUUUCAGCAUUGGGGUCAGACAGAUGAUUGACAGCGCCCCAAACCCAAUCAAGACGUGGAGCAUGUAUGAUAUGCAGACUUUGCCCACCUGGGCUAUACGUAAUACUGCACUACUGGGUGAUGCCGCGCAUCCAUUUCAGCCACACAUGGGCCAAGGUGGUGCAAUGGCUAUCGAAGAUGCGGUCUCCAUCGCCAUGCUGCUUCCAUCUGGCACGAAGACAUCCGACAUUCCGGUACGCCUUGGGCUUUACCAGUCAUCGCGUCGACCGCGAGUUGAGAUGAUUUUGAACUUCACCCGCAUGAAUGGUCGCGACGAUGAAAGAAUUUCACCCGCUGAGAUGGUGAAGUUCAUGGAAAUCUGUGUGGCGUACAACGAGAUGGAGAACUGCACAAAGCUGCUGGAGGCUUUGUGA